AUGGCCUACCGCGGAGGCGGAGGCGGAGGCCGUGGCGGCGGCGACCAGGACCAGCGGUACGGCCGAGAGCGGGGUGAUCCGGCGGGAGGGCGCGGGGAUGGACGCGCGCGGACGGGUUGGCCGCCUCCGGGCCCGCCGUCGUCGGCCUCGCGUCCAGCCACGCCCGCGAUUACCAUCUACAACAACCCCAACGCCACGGGACCUCACCAGGCCGUCGUCUUCCGCAACCCCGCGCCUCCCCCCUACGCUCUCUCGCCGUCCGCCGGCCGCGCGUCAUCUUCGACCCUGGUCACCAUGGGCGCGCCUUGCCCUACGCCGGACACCAUCCGCGCGCCUCCUCCGACGCCCACGCCGGCCGCGGCCCCGUUCCAGCCGGCCCGCGUCUCGGCCCCGGCCCCCGCACCCGCUCUGCCGCUCCACUACGCUCCCUCGCCGUCGACCGUCCGCGCGUCUUCUUCGACGCCGGUUACCAUCUGCGCGUCUCCUCCGACGCCCUCGCCGGCUGCGGCCCAGCCGUUCCAGCCGCCCCCCGCCCCCGCUCCGCCCAGCCCCACGCCGUCGACCGCGGCCGUCGCCAAGGACCUCGAGCUGAAUCUCUUCGUCACCGAGACCGCGCUGGCGCCGGCCGUGGCGACGCAGGUGGGCCAGCCUGUGGCCGAGAAGGCGCCCGAGGUCGACGCGCCGGUGUUCAAGAUUGGGCUCGCACACCCCGCCCGCCCCAGCGCCGGCACCGUCGGCAAGGAGUUCCUCGUCAGCGUCGCCGACAACAACCUGUUCCACUAUGAUGUUUCCAUUAACCAAGAGUCAAACUCAAGAGCUGUGAACAGGGAGGUACUCAGUGAGCUAAUCAAGUUGCACGGAACGCUUGGGGGCAAAUUGCCCGCCUAUGAUGGAAGAAAGAGUCUUUACGCUGCAGGCUCACUUCCUUUUGAGUCAGAGGAGCUUGCUGUUACACUGGUUGAUCUGCAAAAGAAAGACAAAGAAAGGGCUGAAAGGGAGUACAAGAUCACCAUUAAAGUUGCUGGGAGGACAGACCUGUACCACUUUCAGCAGUUUAUGAAAGGAAGACAGAGGGAUAUGCCUCAAGAAACCAUUCAAGUGCUUGAUGUUGCCCUCAGGGAGUCACCAUCCUGGAACUAUGUCACAGUGUCCAGAUCCUUCUUCUCCACCACGUUUGAUCAGAGAGGAGACAUUGGUGAAGGAUUAGAGUGCUGGAGAGGUUACUACCAGAGCUUACGUCAAACACAGAUGGGGUUUUCACUCAAUAUUGAUAUAUCUGCAACAUCCUUCUUCAAGCCUGUGAAGGUGGUCCAGUUUGUGCUAGAGUUCCUCAACUUAAGUGAUGCCUCGCGACCUCCGACAGACAGGAACCUUGUCAAGUUGAGAUGUCAUGAUUAUGGAAAGGAGAAAACUUGUGCGCUAAGUAUUGGACAGUGGAACAUGAUUAACAAGAAAAUGGUUAAUGGAGGAACCACAGACAACUGCAGAGAAUUGCCCGCCUAUGAUGGAAGAGAGAGUCUUUGCACUGCAGAUUCACUUCCUUCUGAAUCAGAGGAAUUUUCUGGUACACUGAUUGAUCCGGAAAUGAAAGAUAAUGAAAGGGCUGAAUGGGAGUUCAAGAUGAUCACACAGAAAAUCAUUAAUGGGGGGACCAUAGAUAAUCUGGAGAAUGGUGCACCAUUUGUGUCUGAAGUUCCAACAGUCAUAGUUACUGCUCCUGUUAGUUUUCCGGUGGUGGCAUCAAUGGAUAAGCCAGAAACCUCCAAGUAUGGAGGUCUUGCCUCUGCCCAACCAUACAUGCAGGAGGUACUGGAAGACCUCUUUAAUUCGAGCAAAGAUUCACAGAAGGUUACCGCUAAUGGCGGCAAAAUGAAUGAAUUGCUGAUUACCUUCCGCAGGAAGACUGGCAGGAGGCCUCAGAGGGUUGUCUUCAGAGAUGGGGUAAGUGAAGAUCAGUUCUGUGAAGUCCUUUUUCAUAAAACGGACAGAAUCCGGAAGGCACAUGCCUCUUUCGAGAACGAGCAUAUACUACCAGUAAAUUUUGUGGUAGACCAGAAAAAACAUAAUACUAAGCUUUUCCCGAAGGUUCAUGUGAGGCAUGGCAGUUUAAACAAUGUAUCAUCCACCAAUGGAGGUGUAAUACCCCAAGAGGAGCCUUUAGAGGCACAUCAUCCACCAAACUUAGACUCAAUUAUCCAGUUUUUCGUUGACAUAAAUGGCCGCAGGGUGUCCGUUCAACGAACACCUGAAGCAGACCUGGGCUCAGCAAUUGCAGAAGCAAUGCUGAAAACUAACUGCUACAUUCCAGACUUUUAUGUCGGAUACGAGCAGCAUGUGCUUGAUUUAGAUCGGUCCAUCCUAUCGCAAAAAAUAGGUCAAAACUCAACGGUUAAGGUCCAGCCUCGUGUGAGGGGUGGUGUGGAAACGAUAGACAUGUCAUUCAAGGGUAUUAGAUUUGAGGACCGGAUUAAAAGCUUCAGUCAUGAUGACCUCUUUGAGGAACGCACUGUCAUUCCCGAAUUAAUGGGUAAAAUAAGGAGAAUAAGGAGAGGGAGGACCCGUGCAGGGACAGAGCAUAUCAUGAGGACCUUGGGUAGAUGCACCAUGCAUAAAUUAUUUGAAAUGCUCCAUCUCUUACAUCUUCGAGGGAUUUCCCUCAAUGGGAAUUUUACACAUGAGAAUGUCAUCUACUUACCUCUGUUGGAUAGCUAUGUAAUCAAUGAAAACCAUGUGAAGUCUAACCAUGCAGACUAUACUCCUCUCGGUUAUGAACAUGAUAUGAGAGCCCUAGGCCGGGUCUUGAAGCAGCUAUUCACCUGGAAGUUUCCACGCUCCAUAGCUGGUGUAUUUCCUGUGCACGUGGACCACCUUCUCCAGACUUUGAAUGCUAUGCCAGUUGGUGCAAGUACCUCGGAUGCCUUCAAGGCCUAUUUGAGGAAUCAUGUGUCAAUGUUGUCCCCUGGUGCGGUUGAGGGUCUGAUCUUAGAAGUGCACAGAUACAUUAGAUACCAAGCUGAGAAUCUGCAGGAGUCCACCAAGAUGAUUCUGGGACCACAUGUGAUGCACCCCUCCAAUCUACCUUCUUGGACUAAUGUGGCGCAGUUAGUUGAUUGUUUUAAGGAAGUUUACAGUUUCCAGAGCUCCUACUCAGAAGACAAGAUCUCAUGGUUUGAUUUCCUGAGAAAUUUCUUGACCCAUCCUAAUAAAACAAAGCCUCCCACCUUCACAAUAGAAGAGGUAGAUUUAGCAUUUGCUUAUCAUUUUGAUGAAGCGCUUCCUAGGUUCUUAUGUGAUCUUGUGAUGGGCCAUACCUUUAUCAGCUCACAUACAGUUGAGAGUGUAUUCAGUAGAGACUGGUUCAACACGAAAGUAUUUGUGGUUGAUGCGGAGAUCGCAAGCACCAGCGGUAUCUAGGGCAGAGUGGCAAAUUUAAUAGGCGUGCAGGUGUGAGGCGGCAGUGCAUGUUCUUCAAUCCAUGGAUCUUCAGUCUGCAGAACCUGGAGACCCUUUGCUCUUUUUCUUUUGGCAAAAACGCUCAACUUGUAGAUGUAUUUUCUGUUUCCUCCCGGGUUUUAGUUCAAGCAGUGUGCCAUAUGCUACUUGUUUCUGUUGGUGUAGAAAGAAGAGCAACUGGUGAUUGACUUACCAGGCAUCCAACAAAAGUGCUGGUGGUUUUGUUUUUAA